UGUGUGUUUGUGUGUGUGUAUGUAUAUGUGAACAAGUGUGUGUGGAAAUAAAAACACACCCAGCUAUUCGCACCAUUGCUGCUACUGAGCCUUUUUGGGAUUGAAAUCAUCUUCCACCGUAUUGGAUUUAUCCUACGGACUGACUUUAUUCUUUGAGGAUAUUCUUUUUGAUUUUCCUUUUUGAAUUAUUGCUUUGUCAGGAAGUUCAGCAUGUGAGAGGGAGUGGGUGUCUGCACGUCAGGCACAGGUUUGUGAAACGAGAGCCAGGGAGCCAGAGUGCUACAGCAGCACAGGAGAUUCUGCUUUCGAGCCACGAGGCUGGAUACUUUAUUCAUGCUCCUGCCGGGAGUGCGACUACAGAAUUCGGGGCUGACUUUGGAGCCUGACUUCAGAACCGAACCACCCUGGAUUUCAGCCCAGCGUACUGCAGACGGACAGAGGUCUUAACGCCAUGACCAGUCUGCUUUGGGAGAGACGGGAGCAGUUCACUUCUCAAAGAGGACUCUCUGUUACACACAAAAGGGUCUGAUUAGGAACCGCAACUUAAAAUAAAAGGAUUCUGCUCUCUUUUUUAUUUCCUUUUUUUUUUUGGUGUCUUUUUUUGUAAUUAAAAAUUACUGAAAUUGCAUGCCUGCGCAGGAAAAGCCUGCCUGAGGUCUGUCUGGAAGUGGAGCUGCUUGCUUUAUAGGUUUAUCUACCAUGGCAAAGCCUUUGAUUGCAUGAACUGUGGACGCUGCAAUACAAGAAAGGAGGUCAGCGGUACAAACAAGGAUCAGUUCAGCAAAUACCAGCCUGGUCAGGAUAUAACCAAAGAGACCCCUUUGACAAGACGGACAAACAUCUCCGGAAAGAAUAGAAAGGAAGGUUUAAAGCCUCAUUGGAUUUGGGGUGGCAGCAGAGGAUUAACUGGCAUUUCUAAAUCAGGGCAACAACCACGAAGAGGACAUUAGCGAUGGCAAGCAAUUACAAGUCCUUCUUCGUCAUCUUCAUCAGAGCUGGGCUUUUGCUUGGCCUGGCCAAUCCAUUGGUGACCUCAGCUUCCUGUCCCUCGCAGUGCCGUUGCGAUGGGACUUUCAUAUAUUGCAAUGACCGGGAUUUGACUUCCAUCCCUUCGGGCAUCCCAGAGGACGCUACAGUACUUUUUCUCCAGAACAACCGCAUCAAAAGUGCAGGGAUCCCUACGGAUCUACAACGGCUAAACAAUGUCGAAAAAAUCUAUCUGUACUGCAACAAUCUUGAUGAGUUCCCCACCAACCUGCCGCUGAAUGUCAAGGAACUUCAUUUGCAGGAGAACAAUAUACGGACUAUCACCCAUGCCUCCCUGGCACAGAUUCCCAUUAUUGAGGAAUUACACCUUGAUGACAAUUCCGUUUCAGCCGUCAGCAUUGAAGAGGGUGCAUUCCGGGACAGCAACCAUUUGAGGCUGCUCUUCCUGUCCCGGAACCACCUAAGCACGAUACCUUCCGGUCUGCCAUUGACUAUUGAGGAGCUUCGCUUCGACGACAACCGCAUCUCGUCCAUCUCAGAGGUAUCCCUGCAGGAUCUUAUAAACCUGAAGCGACUAGUUCUGGAUGGCAACCUAUUGAACAACAGGGGCAUUGGGGAGAUGGCUUUGAUGAACUUAGUCAAUCUGACCGAGCUCUCGUUGGUACGAAACUCCCUGACAUCCCCACCCUCCAACCUGCCUGGCACAAGCCUGGAGAAGCUAAAUCUUCAAGACAACCACAUCAAUCACGUACCAGCAGGUGCCUUUGCUUUUCUGCGACAGCUGUACCGCUUGGAUCUGUCAGGCAACAACUUGAGCAGUCUGCCCAUGGGUGUAUUCGACGACCUGGAUAACCUUACCCAGCUGCUCUUGCGUAACAACCCAUGGUACUGCAACUGCAGGAUGAAGUGGGUACGUGAUUGGCUGCGCACCCUUCCAUCUAAGGUCAAUGUGCGUGGCUUCAUGUGCCAGGGUCCCGAUAAGGUCAAAGGGAUGGCCAUAAAGGACUUAUCCACAGAGCUGUUUGGCUGCUCGGACACGGAGAUUCCACCCACAUUUGAAACCAGCACAGUCUCAAACACUUUGCCACCCUCUCGACCCCAAUGGCCCUCAUACGUAACUAAAAGACCUGUGGUUAAGGGUCCAGACCUUGGAAGAAACUAUCGUAGCACAACACCAUCCAGUCGUAAGAUCAUCACAAUAAGUGUUAAAUCCAGUAGUGCUGAGACGGUGCACAUAUCUUGGAGAGUAUCUCAGCCCAUGACAGCCCUGAGGCUCAGUUGGCUAAAGCUGGGCCACAGUCCUGCAUUCGGAUCCAUAACUGAGACCAUUGUCCAAGGGGAGAGAACAGAGUACCUGCUUACAGCUCUGGAACCCGAAUCCUCUUAUCGGAUAUGCAUGGUUCCCAUGGAAACUAGUAACAUUUACCUGUCAGACGAGACACCUGUUUGCAUAGAGACAGAAACUGGCUCCCUGAAAGCAUACAAUCCCACCACAACCUUGAACAGAGAGCAGGAGAAAGAGCCUUAUAAAAAUUCCAAUCUGCCUUUAGCUGCUAUCAUCGGAGGAGCAGUGGCCCUUUUGGCCAUCAUCAUGCUGGCCCUGGUGUGCUGGUACAUCCAUAGGAACGGCUCCUUAUUUUCCAGGAACUGCACAUACAACAAAGGGCGCAGGCGUAAGGACGAUUACGCUGAAGCUGGAACAAAGAAGGACAACUCCAUCUUGGAGAUUAGAGAGACCUCUUUUCAAAUGAUUCCCAUAAAUCACAUGCCUGUUUCAAAGGAGGAGUUUGUUAUACACACAAUUUUUCCUCCCAAUGGCUUAAGUCUUUACAAGAGUCCACACAGUGAAAACAGCAUCAAUAACAGAAGCUACAGAGACAGUGGAAUACCAGAUUCAGACUACUCUCAUUCAUGAUAGUGUGCGCGGAUUACAAAGACAUUUUAUUGCUAAUGAAAGACUUGGAGGCUGCUUGGUCUUUUGCAAAACACUGGAUUGAAAAGACUGAGAAAGCAUUGUUAUGUACAUUUGCCAUAUAAUUUAUAUUUAAGGACGAUUUAUUAAAAGGAAAAAGGUUCCGAUUGCAGGCCAUCACUGAACCGUCGGUGUAUGCUGCCACAAACUGCAAUUCUAUAUUUUAGAUAUUUGUAGUCAUUUGUACUGUACUUCCUUUACUUAUGGUUUUAGACCAAUUAAAAAAACUUUGUGCUCUACUGAGAUAUGAUGACUUGUCAACUGUGAAAGUGGGUUUUCAUUGCUGUGUUGAACAAUCAGAUAUUAGAAAACCAUGUAGUAUAAGCACAGGUCAAAACUAUUGCUAUGUUGCUGUCAGUGAAAAAAAAUACAACAAAAAACAA